AUGACUGAGAAAUUGUAAUUGCCUCUUUAAUAACUUUAUGAUCCUAUCAUGAUAAUGUUUAAAUAGAUUGAGGGUUAUGAACAACUUUUUUAAGAGUUAGAAGCAAGAUAAAAGGAAUCUAGGAAAAAUAAAUUUGUCAUCGAAAAGUUGAUAGCUAUGCAAGAUAAAAAAUAAUAAUUAGAAAAAGAGAAGGUGGAAUUCGAUUCAUUAUACUAGAAAUCUCAUUUGACGAGAGAAUAACAUAAGCAUUUAAUUAGUCAAGAUAUUGAAGUUGAUCAAGAGUUUUACUAAAUUUAUAAAAUCCUAGAUGAAUAAGAAACCCUAGCAAAAGAGCUUGUCAAUUAUGAUGAUCCAUAAGGACAGGGACCAUCACCAUUGAGAGGAUCUUUAAUUGAGAAUAUUGACAUCAUUAGAUCAGCUGCAUUAAGUAAAAUAAUAGCACAUCUAAAGAAACAUUAUGAAAUGAUUACUAUUGAAGAGUUAAAAGAAAUUAACGAGCUAUUUUACAAUAAAGUGAAUGAAUAAAUCGUUUUUGUAUUGAGGUAUAAAUUCAGCAAUCAUCUCAUACCUCUGUUAGCAGGCAUCAAUUCAACCGAUGAAUCAUCAAUAAAGAACUUUUUCAAAACACUCGACUAUGAAAUACAAUAAUCCUUUAAACAUACAGAGCAAAUCUUUGAAAAGGGUGCUGCUACAAUCUUUCCCUAAAUAAUCGAUAAUAUAUGUUCUGAUUACGCUUAAUAGUUGGAUGCAACUUUGAAAUUUGUCGAAAGCUAUUUUUUAAUUUAUGAGGUAAACAUACAAAUCUAAUAAAUCAUCAAUUUCUUGAAAUCUACAAAUGCUCAAAUGCAAUGUAUUAAUGGAUUAGUUAAAUUGCAAUAACUUUGUUCUCAAUUAAAAACCAAAAGUGUUCAAAUUAUGUCCCAUAACUUAUAAGUCAUUAGGUUUAAUAUCGCAUAAUUCUCAUCUUAUUAGCCUCUAAAAGAUUAAUUAGAAUAAUUGUAUGAUUUUUUAAAGAAAAGCAAUUCAGAAGAAAGACAAGAAAUAUUAUCAAAUCUUUGGUAACCAUUUUAAUAGCUGAUUCAGAUGAAAUUAAAUCAGAAUAGUUAUAAUAGAUCAUCAAAGAUAUUUUCAAUUAAUGCCUUAUAAAUUUAUAUAAGUCAACUUCAAGGGAUGAAAAUUCAAGAAAUUUAAGAGACUAUUGAUAACUACAUUAAAGAAUGCCAAUAACUUUUGGUUGAUUUAAUUUAAAAAUUAAAGACAGAAAAUGUUUCAGAAAGUGCUUAGAAAUUUAAAGUUCAAUAGAGAGAGAAGAAUAAUUAAUUGUCAAAGGAUUAGUUUAAAAAGUUCUUGAGAUAGAUAGUGUAAUUAGAUGAAAAUGGGUUUAGGAAUGACUUAUUUUAUGAAAUUGAUUUGAUUAUCAAUGAGCAAAUUAAGUCAUAGAUAUAACUGGAUAUUGCUGAAACCUUUACAAAAGAGUACUAUGAACCAUUAUAUGAGAACCUCUUGAAAUAUUUAAAUAAUCAAUAGAGCGAGUUUACGACUGAGGUCAUUUAGCAACUAUGUUCAUAAUAUUCAGUCACCACCAAGGAUAUAUAUAAAAUACCAGCUUAUAUAAGAGAUCCUGUUUCUUAUAAAUUGAAUAUAAUGAAUUUUUAGAGUUUAUGA